GGGCCCGCUCGGAGUCACGUGGCCUCGUGCGCUGCCGGGCUGUGAGGACGCCAAGAUGGCGGCCAGCAACUACUACAGCUUCCCUCACGGCGCCGCCGGGCCGCAGUACAGCACUCCGCCAGCUACAGCUUAUUCACAUCCAACCACUGUACCAAGCUACACCAUCCAGCAAACUCCUGGGGUGGAACAUCCUGUAACACCAUCUUAUGCUCCUGCAGCCCAGGCUGCCAGACCAUUUGCUACUCAUGUCUAUGGAGUGUACCAGACGCAUUCAGGACCGGACUAUGGUUACAGAACACCGCAACAGGAACCUACCCCCCAGCCUACCACAGCACCAAACUACCAGGAUAAUUACAAUUAUGGACGAUCUCCAUCUGCAAGUAGCUAUGGGAGCAAACAGUACUAUCAGCCACCUGCUCCCCAACCUCAGCAUACUGUCACAGAUUCUUACUACCCAUCGAGUUCCAAAGGCAGCUAUGGUCAAUCUACUGUAUAUAAUCCAAGCCAGCCUGAGAGGCAGGUGACUGCAAUUAAGCCAGUUCAAGCAACAAGUUCCACACCUACAAGCUAUAAUACCUACCCAGCAGUGACAACGGUUCACCAGAAUACAUCUGCCUCCCCCAUUUCUUCAUAUACUCCCUCCUCUUUAUAUACCUCCACUUCUGUACCUUAUUCUGGGUCAAAUUAUCCCAAUUAUGAUGCCACAACAUACACAGCAGCUACUACUUACUAUCAACCACCUCAGCAGGCCCAAGCCCAACAGCAGCCACCACCCUUGUCACAGCAACCAAAAACCACAAGCUCUUCUUCAUGGAGCAGCACAGGGAACAGCGCUAACAACAGCUCAAACAACAGCUUCAACAAGAAACCACUUUUUCAAAACAAGCAGCUGAAACCCAAAGGACCACCUAAACAACCUCAGCUUCACUACUGUGACAUUUGCAAGAUCAGUUGUGCUGGUCCCCAGACUUACCGGGAGCACUUAGAAGGACAAAAGCACAAAAAGAAAGAGGCAGCUCAGAAAACAGGGAACCAGGUGAACACUGGCCCUCGUGGCAUGCAGACACAGCUUCGAUGUGAGCUCUGUGAUGUGUCCUGUACAGGAGCAGAUGCAUAUGCAGCACAUAUCAGAGGAGCCAAGCAUCAAAAGGUUGUUAAGCUGCAUACUAAAUUGGGAAAGCCCAUCCCUUCAAUAGAGCCUAUAGUAGUGAACUCUGGUUCAGAUCCUACCGUCACCACAGCAAGUAACCCAGUUGCCCAUGCCCCUACAGCAGUAUCUGUUGCACCAACGAAGCCAACAGCUGUAGCAACUAACAGUGCAAGCAACACAGGCAAGCUAGUGGCAGUGAAGAAACUAGUCACAUCCAAGAUAACAUUUACAGGGACUAAUAAGAUUCAGGCAACAAGCAUCAAACUAGAGGAAUCAAAGGUGUUACAACCGAAAUCAGAGCUACCAAAUGAACAUGAUAGCUCUGGGGAUGGCUCUGGAGUAUUACUUGAUAUACAACCUGUUGGACAUGACUAUGUGGAAGAGGUACAAAAUGAUGAAGGCAAAAUGAUCCGGUUUCACUGCAAGCUCUGUGAAUGCAGUUUCAAUGAUCCUAAUGCAAAGGACAUGCAUUUAAAGGGGCGUAGACAUCGACUGCAAUACAAGAAGAAAGUGAAUCCAGAUCUUCCAGUUGAGAUCAAGCCUAGUAACAGAGCUCGGAAAAUGCACGAGGAAAAGAUGAAGAAACAAAAACAGAAGGAUCUGAUAAAGAGACACAGAGAGGAAGAACAGCGUUGGCACAUGGAAAUGAGGCGGUAUGAAGAGGAAAUGUACUGGUGGCAAGUAGAGGAAGAGCAAUUAUACUGGGAAGAGCAACGGCGUCGGAUGGCUGUAGACUGGCAUCCACCCCCACUUAUGGGCAGGCCUGGCAUGGCUGUUCCACUUUUCUUGUCUACUAGAUGUCCAGAUUCUUCAAAUGACCGUCACAUCAUGACAAAGCACUCUAGCAUCUACCCAACAGAAGAAGAGCUGCAGGCCAUCCAGAAAGUAGUCUCCCAUUCUGAACGUGCACUUAAGCUCGUCUCUGAUUCAUUUACAGAGCAAGAAUCUGAAAAAGAGGAAGAAAAUGAAGAGAGAGGAAAAGCAGACGAUGUGCCCCGAAUUCUGAAAGGUGUAAUGCGAGUUGGCAUUCUGGCAAAAGGGCUUUUACUUCGAGGAGACAGGAAUGUUCAUCUGAUCUUAUUGUCUGCCCAGAAACCUACGAUCUCUCUCUUACAGAAUAUCACAGAGCAGCUGCCCAAGCAACUUUCAGUAAGGACAUUAACUGAGGACAAGUAUGAAGUUUCAUCUGAUGCUGCAGAAGCGACUAUAGUCAUCUCAUCAUGCAAGGAACCAAAAAUGCAGGUCACAAUUUCAGUUACAUCUCCCCUCAUGAGAGAAGACACUCCUGUUGACAAAGAAGAAGCAACAGAAUCUCAGCCUGACCCCUGCGAUGUUUUGAGCCAGCAUAAAUGUCUAGAAUCAUUGGCUGCCCUCCGUCAUGCUAAAUGGUUCCAGGCUAGAGCUAAUGGUCUGCAGUCUUGUGUAAUUAUCAUCAGGAUUCUGAGAGACCUUUGCCAGCGUGUACCAACCUGGGGGGCACUACCAGACUGGGCAAUGGAACUUCUUGUAGAAAAGGUUUUAAGCAGUGCAUCAAGUCGUCUAAGACCUGGUGAUGCCAUGCGACGAGUUCUCGAAUGUGUAGCCACAGGAACACUCUUGAUGGAUGGACCUGGACUACAAGAUCCCUGUGAGAAAGACAAAAUGGAUGCUUUAGAAACAAUGACCAGUCAAGAACGAGAAGAUGUUACAGCCAGUGCACAGCAUGCUUUAAGAAUGCUAGCUUUCAGGCAGAUACACAAAGUACUUGGAAUGGACCCUUUGCCACCUCCUAAAAAUAGACUUAAUGAACGCAACAGAAAAAGGAGACGAGACGUCAGUGAGACGACAGAGGGCGAGGGCGACGGGAAGAAAGACAAAAAAGAGGAAGAUGACAGUGAUGCCUAACCACUGCUGUGGCAGUCAUCAGGACAAAGUUCACAUUGCUUUAAUUUUUAAUAUAGAAGCUGCUGUUUCGUCUGACAUUUGACAAUUGUACUAUUUUUUUCCUUGAAAUAAUGUAUUGUAGGUGUUUUAAAUGGUGCUUAAAUCAUUGCUGAAAUUGCAUCAUUCCACAGUGGUAAAGUUGCUCUGGCAACAGUUCUUCUUCUAUUAUGUCCCUUCCUAUCCACCCCACUACAAAAGAAAGUACCCAUAGCAGAACAGGUGGACUAAGGCAGGCAUUUUUUUUAAAUCUGACAUCUCUUGUAAGCUCAUAAAUGCCCCAUUACAUGUGAAGCAGGGGUGUCAAACUCAGCUGCUAUCCCAGGCUGGAUCCAGAUCCAGAAGCUCUGGCCACCACCAUGUGCCAGAGCCAGAGCUGCUACUGCUGUCAUGCCAUAGUGGCAGCUCCAGCUCUGCCUCCACCACAAGUCACACAGCAGGGUGCUGGCAGCUGGGGGAGGUAGAGCCAUGGCAGUGAUGACAGGCAACACAGCUGUGGUGGGGGCGACUGGAGCUCUGUCAGCCCUUGAUUGCUCUCCUGCCACUGAUCACCAGGCCCACUGAGGUCUAAGAGCCCCAGAUUCUGCAGCAGUCUGCUUCCCCAGCCCCCUACCAGGCAUGCCCCCAAACCUGCUGGUAGCCCAGCAGGCUAGACAGAGGAGCUCUGUGGGCUGGAUUUGGCCUGCAGGCUGCAUGUUUAACACCCUUGAUGUAAAGAAAAGCACAGGAUUAUCGUAUUAGUGUCUUUAAAGAUGCUUCCUUGUUCACUUUAGAUUUUCAGCCUCAAAUUGGAGUACAUUUCUAACCUGAUCUAGAGUGUCUGAAUGGACAAAAUUAUGGGGGUUGGGAGGGGCUCUUGCACUUUAUGAGCUCCCAUUUUGGAGCAGUACAGAGGUACAUAAGCCACUUUCUUAGCUAUUUUGGGGUGGGGAAAAAAAGCCAACUUAUAAGUGACAGUUGGAAGUGGAAAUGAACCUGCAGAAAUAGCAGAGUAUUAAAUAUUUAAUUGCCUUGGAUUUGCAGUUCUCCAUUAGACACGGUAUGCUUUAAAACAUCUCUGUAACAUGCUACCUAAAAAUUAAAAAAUAAUAGUUUCUCUUGUUUAGUACUGUGGUUAAAAACUUUGCAGUUUUCUUUAGAGAGUGUUAAAUAUCUUCCAGCAGAAAUGACAGCCUGACUAAGUGCCACAUUAAACCAUCAGAAGUGGUAACAGAAUCAGAGUGCUAACUUUCUAAUACAUGUUGUUUAAUAGUAUCACCUAACCACAGGGAGAUUCUCUGUGUCUCAAUGAGUGCCUUCUAAAGAGAAGUGGCCAGGACUCUCGCAAUGAAAAGCUAUUCCGUAGUGUCUGAGGACCUUUCCUUUCCUUUCCUUUCCUUUCCUUUCCUUUCCUUUCCUUUCCUUUCCUACAGUUUUAACUCUUGUCAGUUUGUGCAGGCAGGAAUCUCUCAAAAAUAGAAAAUUCCCAGGCACUGAUGGACUUACUGUUGUAGUCUACCACUUCACAAAACCUGACGCUGAGCAAAUGAGGGUGUCUUUAAUUCCAUAGAGGGAAAUGGGGAUAAAGGAAUUGGUCUUGGCCUUUGGGUGGAAUUUUCUCACUCUUUAGAUGCCUAAAUGGCACUUAAUAGCUGUGUAAAUGGUAUUUUUGGCAUGUAUGCACAGUGUGCAGUUCUGUUACCAAUGUGUCUGCAUGGCUACCAAGAGUGCAUAGUAGUGUAUGCACUAGCCAGGCAGCAAACACACCCACAUCCUGGAAAAAGCAAGGCAUUAUUGUGUUAUAAUCUCAGUAGGUAAGGGGUUAAGGCAUUCUUGCAGGAAACAGGAUGAUGGGUUCUAGACCCUUCCAUCAUCUGUGUCCCUCUGAUGUCAUCACAUACUGCUUUAAAACACCACAUGCCUGAUUAGGCAUUUUCCAAGCUUUCCUCCAGCAGCACCCUCAGAUGCAUCCCGUCCAACCCCAUGGACAUGUACAUGUUCAGUUUUUCUAAAUAGUCCCUAAUCUGUUCUUUUGCCACUGAUGGCUACUUACCUCCUCCCCAAACUAUGCUGCCAGGUGCAGUAAUCUGGGAGCUGACAUUGCCUGUGAAGACUCAGGUGGAAAAAGAAUUGAGCACUUCAGCCUUUGCUGCACCCCCUGUGACUAGGUGGCCUCCCCCAUUUUGUGAAGGACCCACACUUUCCCUGAUCCUUCUCUGAUCCUCCAUGUGGAUACUUAGGCAUCUAUACUGCAAGGGUAACAUAAUCAAAUUGUGCAUAAAUGCCAACAAUGUCAUUUACACAGUUGGUGAGUGCCCUAUAGGCACAUAAAGUGUAAUGAAUUUAGGCCUUGGUGUAUAACCAGCAAGCCCUGCUGGGAAAGCUGAGAGCCUAGAGCUGGACAGGCCAUACUAUUCGAACUAAGCUGUAUGUGGCAGGUUUCUCAGCUGGUUGCACAAUGCAUUUGAUAAGAAAGACCUUUCUUGAUAGUAUUGUGAUUUAUUGUCACUUAACACAGUUUGUUUGGUUAUUUUACCUUAUAAGUGUUUAAAGGACAGCCUGUAAUGUGGCUUUAACAUUUGAUUGUCUUUGUAGUGCUAUCCAGUUAAAAGGAGACAAUUUUAAACAAAUAAAGGAGUGCUAUGCUUCCA